CGGAAUUCGUUUUCUCGACUCACUAAACCCCCCAGUCCAGUAGUCCUCUCCAUUUUUCUCUUCUUGAAAAAGGUUUCUAAAACCCUACUAUUCUCUAUUCGCGAGCAAUGGCGGAACCGAGCGAGUUGACUCAGCACAUUGAGUCUUACGUUGACACGUCUCGCUCCCAGACUCAACAGGCUGCAAGUUUGGAUUCUAUCACUUCACUCGUUAAGAAUGACUUGAUAACUAUUGAAACACUGGUCAAAGAGAUGGAAAUGUAUCUGACCACUACAGAUAAUGUCAUUCGAGCUAGAGGUACUCUUCUUCUUGCGGAAGUUCUUGGACGUCUUGCUUCAAAGCCACUAGGCAGUGCUAUCAUUCAUAGCUUAAUUGGAUUCUUCACAGAUAGGCUGGCAGAUUGGAGAGCAUUACGUGGGGCUCUUGUUGGGUGCUUAGCAUUACUGAGGAGAAAAAGUAAUGUUGGUGUAGUCUCUGCCACUGAUGCAAAAGCAGUUGCUGAGGUGUACUUAAAGACCCUACAGGUGCAGUCUUUAGGUCAGCAUGACAGGAAGCUUUGUUUUCAGCUUCUGGAAUGUGUCUUAGAAUGCUAUCCCAAUGAGGUUGCUUCCUUGGAUGAACUCCUUCUAUAUGGAAUCUGUGAAGCUGUUGAUGGAGAGAAGGAUCCUCAUUGCUUGUUGCUAGCAUUUGACAUCAUUCGUGCACUAAUUCAACUAUUUCCAGAUCCUAAUGGGCCGCUAGAAAAUUUUUCUGGAGAGCUUUUUGAAACUUUGAGCAGUUACUUUCCCAUUCAUUUUACUCAUCCAAAAGGAGAGGACACUGAUGUCAAAAGAGAUGAUCUUGCAAGGGCUCUAAUGGUAGCUUUCUCAUCAACACCUCUUCUUGAGCCAUAUGUCAUUCCCUUGCUUCUUGAGAAACUCUCUUCUUCUCUGCCAUCAUCAAAGGUUGAUUCUUUAAAGUAUCUGAGCUAUUGCUCAUUGAAGUAUGGAGCAGACAGGAUGGCCAAACAUGCUGGAGCUAUUUGGAGUUCAAUUAAAAGUGAAAUGAGUACUUCAGUAAAAGAGCCUACUGAAGCUGUUACAUCAGAAUCAAUAAAUGGUCUUGGGUUUCAGGAAAAUGAAAUUGCAGCAGAAGCUUUAGUGCUUCUGGGAAUAGUUGUCUUGCAAAAUAACGAUUUAUAUUUAAGUUUGAUUCUGGAUGAUGAAGACAUUAGUAGCAUUUUCAACAUCAUCACAAGUUAUAGGAGUUACAAUAGUAUCCCAUUGGAAGGUAAAGAAAGGCUACAUGUUGUUGGUCGUAUCCUAUAUAUUACCUCAAGAACUUCCAUUGUUUCCUGUAAUAGAGUGCUUGAAACUUUUUUUCCCCGCUUGGUGGAGAUUCUGGAAAGAAAUUUAUCCAGGGAUCACUUCCUAAAUUUUGGAGCUCUAUAUCUCUGUGUGGAACUCCUUGCUGCAUGUAGAGAUUUGAUUGUAGGCUCUGGAGAACUUGCUUCUAACUCUAUUUCAACUCACGAGGCAUGCUGUUGCAUCAUUCGGAACUGUUUUGAUUCACUAAUUCAUAUUCUCUGCUCUGCCCAUCUUGCAACUCCUAAUGAAGCUGUUCAUGAUGUGGAUAUUUACUAUAGAGUAAAGAGCUUGCAGAUUUUGGCUACAUUUCCCGAAGGUCAUUUACCGAUAUCAAAAAGUAUAUUCGAGAAUAUUUUGACAUCACUUGUGUCAAUUAUCCUGGUGGAUUUCAAACAGAUGCUGUUAUGGAAGCUUGCCGUGAAGGCAUUAGUUAAUAUUGGCUCUUUCAUCAGUAAAUGUAACGAGUCGGAGAAGGCACUGAGCUAUACAAGUAUUGUUGUUGAAAAAAUUGUUUCAUCACUGUCUAGUGAUAAAUUUACCCUGCCUUUUCCACUCAAACUGGAAGUGGUAUCUGAACUAGGUGCAAGUGGACAGAAUCAUAUGCUGAUGAUUGUUCAAGGGUUGGAAGGGGCUAUAUUUGCUAACCUUGAUGAUUUUUUAGUCCAUGGGAAUAAAAAGUCUGCUGAAUUAGCAAUUCAACUUCUGCAAUGCUAUUCUGAAAAGGUUAUUCCGUGGAUCCAGGAAACUGAUGGUCUCGAGGAAGUCCUGUUGCGUUUCACUCUAAACAUUUGGGGACAUGUUGACAGCUGGAUGUCCCAUAAUAUUCAAGUCCAGGAAAAAGGGCUUUUUGAUGCAACAAUGAUGGCAAUGAAGGUUACUGUUGCAAGUUGUUCAUGGGAAAUUCAGAACACCAUAAUUCAGAAGGCAUAUACGGUACUUUCAUCAAAUACAUCUCUUGUACCGAAGAAAUCCCCUUUGACUUUCAUUCCAGUCGAACUUGAAGGGCUACAACUUACUCAGGACAAUUUUUCUAGAAAAGAUGAAUUAUUAUUAUCAUUAUUUGCAUCAGUAAUUAUUGCAAGUCAGCCUAGAGUUGAGAUCCCAAAUAUAAAAGAGAUACUUCAUUUAUUUCUGACGACACUGCUCAAGGGACAUGUUUCUUCAGCUCAAGCAUUAGGUUCUAUAAUCAAUAAACUUGGUACAAAGUCCAACAGAGCUGAAAUCACAUAUGGUUUCAUGUUGGAAGAAGCCAUUGAUAUACUUUUCAAAAGAAAAUCGAAUUCCCAAGAUAAUGGUGUCUUAAGUGGUAAUGAGAAUGAAAUGGGUCUUACUGAAUUAUGUCUUGGUUUUGUGAACCAUAGACAACUUCAAAUCAAUGCCAUAGUUGGACUUGCAUGGGUUGGGAAAGGUUUGCUAUUGCGUGGUCAUGAAAAAGUAAAAGAUAUAAUCAUGAUUCUUUUGGAGUGCUUAUUGCCAGGUGGCAAUAUUUGUGCAUCGAGGUUGAAGCAGGAUUUGCAUCCCUCCGUAAAGAAAAGUGCCGCAGAUGCUUUUCAUCUUCUUAUGAGUGAUUCUAAGGUUUGUUUAAAUAGAAAAUUUCAUACAAUAAUAAGACCACUCUAUAAGCAGCGUCUUUUUUCCAUAGUGAUGCCAAUUAUGCAGUCUUCAAUAAGGAAAGCCGAUUCAUCAUUUUCAAGAUCUAUGCUGUUUCGGGCAUCUGCCCACAUCAUCUCAGAUACUCCUCUAAUAGCUGUCUUGAGUGAAUCCAAGAAGCUAAUAUCAAUACUGCUGGAGGGAUUAUCUAUUUUCAGUGAGGAUAUUCUGGAUAAAGAAGAACUGUAUAAUCUUUUGCUAGUCCUAUCUGGAAUAUUAACUGAUAAAAAUGGACAAGAAGCUGCUAUCGAGAAUGCAAAUUCUGUUAUUAAUUGUUUGACUGGACUGAUGGUGUACCCUCAUAUGAUGCUUGUACGAGAGACAGCAAUUCAAUGUCUGAUUGCCAUGUCUGAGUUGCCCCAUGCAAGAAUCUAUCCGAUGAGAUCACAGGUAUUGAGGGCUUUAUCAAAGGCAGCUGAUGAUACAAAGAGAGCUGUUCGUCAGGAAGCUGUCAGAUGCCGGCAAGCAUGGGCAUCGAUCGCAUAGAGAACUUUCCAUUUUUUAAGAAGGAAAACAAAGAGCUUCACAAGAUCAGUUGAGAGGAUUUAG